GCCAAUCACAGAACUGAGAGAAGUGAAUGAAUAUGAUGUUGAUAGCUGGAAAUGAAAGCAAGCAAACAAGUAACUCAAUAAAGAGAAUGAGAAAGAUGGGACAUUGAGUGUGGCCGAAGCUUCUUCAUUCUCUUUUUGGCGUCGUCUUUCUUUUCGUGUCACUGUCUCAAAAUCUCAUUAAUAUCGUUUUAAGAGUUUUUAAGGCAUUGAAAUCUGUGCCAAUACAAAACAAGCAAAAACCAUGGAAGCAACUGCUGGAAUGGUUGCUGGCUCGCAUAAGAGGAACGAGCUUGUUCGAAUUCGCCACGAUUCUGAAACCGCCCCUAAACCCCUGAAGAAUUUGAAUGGACAAAUCUGUCAAAUUUGUGGUGAAACUGUUGGAUUAACAGACAGCGGCGAUGUCUUUGUUGCUUGCAAUGAGUGUGCAUUUCCAGUUUGUCGUCCUUGUUAUGAAUACGAGCGAAAGGAUGGGAACCAGUGUUGCCCCCAGUGCAAGACUAGAUACAAAAGGCACAAAGGGAGUCCUCGAGUGGAUGGAGAUGAAGAUGAGGAUGAUGUUGAUGAUUUGGAGAAUGAGUUCAGUUAUGGCCAAGGAAAACCCAAGGCACGGCCGCAGUGGGAUGAAGAUGCUGACAUCUCUUCCUCUUCAAGACAUGAACAACCAAUUCCACUGUUGACUCAUCGACACCAAAUUUCUAGUGAGAUUGCUACACCUGAUACGCAAUCAGUUCGAACUACAUCAGGCCCUUUGGGUCCAUCUGACAAGGUUCACUCACUUCCAUAUGUUGAUCCAAGGCAACCAGUUCCAGUAAGAAUUGUAGAUCCAUCAAAGGACUUAAAUUCUUAUGGUCUUGGAAAUGUUGACUGGAAAGAAAGGGUUGAAAGUUGGAAACUCAAGCAGGAGAAGAAUGUGGUGCAUGUGAAUGGUAGUAGAUACAAUGAGGGGAAAGGUGAUAUUGAAGGAACUGGUUCCAAUGGAGAAGAACUUCAAAUGAUUGAUGAUGCCAGACAACCUUUGAGUCGUGUGGUGCCUAUUCCUUCAUCUCAGAUAACUCCUUAUCGUGUCGUGAUCAUACUCCGGUUAAUUAUUCUGGCUUUCUUCUUGCAAUAUCGUACAACUCAUCCUGUGAAGGAUGCAUACCCUCUAUGGUUGACAUCAGUUAUUUGUGAGAUCUGGUUUGCCUUAUCCUGGCUCUUGGAUCAGUUUCCAAAAUGGUCUCCCAUCAAUCGCGAGACAUACCUUGAUAGGCUUGCUCUAAGGUAUGACCGUGAUGGAGAACCUUCGCAAUUGGCCCCGGUGGAUGUGUUUGUUAGUACAGUGGAUCCUCUCAAAGAGCCUCCUCUCAUAACAGCAAACACUGUUCUGUCUAUACUCGCAGUUGAUUAUCCUGUCGACAAGGUUUCUUGCUAUGUAUCAGAUGAUGGUUCGGCUAUGUUGACCUUUGAAGCCCUUUCAGAAACAGCCGAGUUUGCAAAGAAGUGGGUUCCCUUCUGCAAGAAGCACAAUAUUGAGCCAAGAGCCCCAGAGUUUUAUUUUGCACAGAAGAUUGAUUACUUGAAGGACAAGGUUCAACCCUCUUUUGUAAAAGAGCGCCGCGCAAUGAAGAGAGAAUAUGAAGAAUUUAAAAUACGGAUCAAUGCCCUUGUCGCAAAAGCUCAAAAGACACCAGAAGAAGGAUGGACAAUGCAGGAUGGAACUUCUUGGCCUGGAAAUAAUCCUAGGGAUCAUCCAGGAAUGAUUCAGGUCUUCUUGGGUCAUAGUGGAGGUCUUGAUACAGAUGGAAAUGAGCUACCAAGACUUGUUUAUGUUUCUCGUGAAAAGCGACCAGGCUUCCAACAUCACAAGAAAGCCGGAGCUAUGAAUGCUCUGAUUCGAGUUUCUGCUGUCUUGACAAAUGGCGCAUAUCUAUUGAACGUCGAUUGUGAUCAUUACUUCAAUAACAGCAAAGCUCUAAAAGAAGCCAUGUGUUUCAUGAUGGAUCCAGCUCUUGGAAAGAAGACAUGUUAUGUGCAGUUUCCUCAGCGUUUCGAUGGCAUUGAUUUGCACGAUCGAUAUGCCAACCGCAACAUUGUUUUCUUUGAUCAUCUUUUUGCUGUGUUCCAAAGUCUUGUCAAAGUCCUUGCAGGCAUUGAUACAAACUUCACCGUCACUUCAAAGGACGUGUUCAAAUGGACAUCACUUCUCAUCCCUCCAAACAGUGCUCAUAGUGAACCUUGUAGGCAUUGUGGCUGGUGUGUCAUAUGCUAUAAACAGUGGAUACCAAUCUUGGGUGUACCCAUUCUUGAAGGGUCUUUUGGGAAGGCAAAACCGCACACCAACCAUUGUUAUUGUUUGGCCAGUUCUCCUUCUUGUGGGUUAGGAUUGACCCUUUCACCACUGAAACCUCAAAAAAUGCUAAUGGUCAAUGUGGUAUCAACUGCUAGAGAUACUCUUGUUAAACUCACCAUCCUCUAUUGUUUCAUUAUUCGGAGACACACAAGGUUGCCAUAGUGUAUAUACCGAAUUCAUUGAGAAAUGUUUUAUGUACUUAUUCUACUUAACAAGACGAGAUAAGUACAGAUAACAUACACCUAAUUCAUUCUCUCAAGGUUCUUAUGGAGGAAACAAGUGAAGAAGGGUUCUUGAUAAAGAUUGAAACAUAGAAGACUUAACCCUUUGUGUUGUGUUGUAUUAUUUGUUUAUUUUAUUAUAUACCAAGAUAUAUAGUUGAGCAAAAUGUCUGUGUGAUAGUUUUGAACUUUUGAUUUGUUUGGAUUAAUAAUUUAAUGAAAGAAAACAAGCUGCUAUUUGUUGCUCAA